AUGGCGCAGAGGGAGCAAGGGCUCAGAGCGAAGGAGGCUGCGUUCGCCAAGAAGGAGCAAGAAAUGGCGCGCGCCGCUGCACAGCGGGAAAAGCGUGAGCAGCAGGAGGUUGAGCGCGUCCAAGCAGCAGCUGCUGCUGCGGCGGAGAAGGUUGCUCAGGGCCUGGACUACAUGGACACAUCUGUGCACGAGGUGAAGCCGAAGAAGGGCGAGGUCUGGACCCAGUUGCAGUCAAGGAUGGUCCUCAUGCUACUCUUCGACCUCCGCAAGGAAGGUUGCUCUGAGAACGAGGCGGUGUUGCAGGUUGCGCGCACUUUCAAGAUCGGCCACGACAAGGUCAGACGCAUCAACAACCACUGGUGGGAUCACCGCCAGUUGUACGAGACCACCGCCGUGGGGAGAGGCAAGACGGCAAAGAAGGAUGAUGGGCGACGCCGCCUCACCGAAGUACAAGAAGAUCAACUUCGCGAGUUCAUCAAUGACGAGCACAAGGCCGGUCGUCAAGUCUUUCGCCGCACGGUGGCAGAAUGGAUGCACAGGACUUGCAACAUGGAGCAGCCGUCCAACCGUUCGGCAGGAGGGCUGCUGAGUAGGCUCGGCUACAAGCGUCGUAGAGGCAGGAUCAAAACGCCACCGUUAAACGCCGAAAGACUUGCUCGCAUUCGUCGGUUUCUUGUUGAGAUGGUCAUGGCAAAGAGGGCAGAGGAUGCUGGGUUAGCAGUGAUCGUGUACAUGGAUGAGAGUUUUGUCCACCAGGCUCAUGGUUCCCCCUAUUCUUACUUUCCUUCGGACGAGGAUGGAGUUGUGCAGGAUGGGAUUGGUCGCACAACGGGGAAGGGCUUGCGCAUGAUCAUGGUGCAUGCAAUCACGAAGUGGGGGCCGUUGGCUAAGCUUUGUGAUGGGUUACCGAUCGAAGAGGGCUGGUUCAAGGAAACGGGUAGCGGCAAGAAGGAAAUGGAAGAUGAGGAGACAGCAGAGUUUCUGUGGCAGGCUAAGUUGGCAAAGGGCGAUUACCACGCAGCAAUGACCGACUCGAUGUUCAUGGAGUGGCUUGAACACCGCCUUAGCCCUGCGUACAACGCGAUCCCGGAGUUCAAAGGCAAACGGAUGAUUCUUGUUCUUGACAACGCCUCAUACCACCAUGGAUUUGACGCGGAAGUCAAAGUGCCGGAAACCAACACCAAGAAGCACAACGUCGAUCUGUUGCGUAUGUUUGGGGCCAAGUCGAUCAGGGUUAGGCGUAAGGAGGGCGAACAGGGCGUUGUUGAGUACAACUUCGAGGUACCGACAGAGCCUGGUUCUUCAUUCCCUGCAGGGAACAGGGAGGGCGGUGUAAGCAGAGCGGAGGUAGCAACGGCCACUCGGGAGUACAUCCACCUCAAUCACCCUGAAAGGCUCGAGGAACGGGUGGUGACGUUCAUGAGGAAAAAGGGGUGGGCGUUGACUUGGACGCCGCCCUACAUGCCGUCCUUUCAACCGAUCGAGCUUUUUUGGCAGCAUGUUAAGCAGUACGUCAGCCUUAACUUUGAGUUGAAGCGAAAGAUGCGAGAGGUGAGGGUGCAGAUUCGUAAAGGUUGGUACGGGGACAAGGAAUGGCCAGGCCAGGAGGGGGGGUGGAAGGCAGCCGAUUAUUCGAAGCUGGUUGACCACGCCAUUGGUGAUGAAUAAGUGGGUCAAGGACCGUGAUGGAGUGCUUUCUGG